AUGGGCACUCAGAUGGAGGCAGCCCCGGUGCUGUCCACUCCGGAUGACCGCAUGUUCGAAUUUAACGAGAAUGUUGCCCCGACCCAGACAACUCAGUUGUCGGAUGCCGAACUUUCGAUCACCUACGACAUCGAACGCACAUUGAAGGAGAUCCGCCAAGCCAGAUACAAGCGCAUCGCUCUUCAAUUCCCCGAUGAUAUGCUUCCCGAUGCCCCGCGGGUAUUUCAGCUACUCAGCCGCGGUCUCAAAUCGGAGGUCGCCAGUUCAAAUGGGAGUGCGGGACAGGCAAAUGGACAAGCCGACACGGAAGAGAACAUAACUGAAGGAGUGUCCCAGCUGUCUGUGGAUGGGGAGACUUGGUCGCCGAAAUUGUACAUUUUGGCUGACACCUCCUAUGGCACAUGCUGUGUGGAUGAAGUGGCAGCGGAGCACGUGGAUGCCGAUGUCGCGGUGCACUAUGGAAGAUCUUGCCUGUCACCAACCGCCAGGCUGCCGGUCAUAUACGUUUUUACAAACAAGCCUCUAUCUAUAGAGCCAGUUGUGGAGGCUUUCAAGGGGACGUACACCGAUCCAACCACCAAGGUCAUUAUCGCAGCCGAUGUCACCUAUGCCGGUCAUAUCCCGGAAGUGUAUAAGCGCCUCGUCGAUGAGGGGUAUAGCAAUCUGUUUGCUACAGAGGUGAUCCAUGAGCCUUCAUCAGCUAUUCCUAACCGCACUGUACCUGAGUCUGUCAGGGAAGCACCUGAUACCCUCUCAGACUGGCAAAUGUUCCACAUCUCCGAUCCACCAACUGCUCUUCUCUUGACCCUUGCUUCACGUGUGGCUGCUAUUCAUAUCUACCCCACCAAUACCCCAGGCAACAAGGAUGUUAAGCCUUUGCCGGCAUCCACUACCGCCGUAUUAAGACGGCGAUAUGCUCUGACGACCCGCCUCACGACAGUACCGAUUUGGGGUAUCCUGAUCAACACGCUCAGUGUGAAGAACUACAUGGGCAUCGUGGAACAUGUGAAAGAAAAGAUUGCCGCCGCGGGCAAGAAGAGCUACAUGUUUGUUGUUGGCAAACUUAACGCCGCCAAAGUUGCCAAUUUCAGUGAGAUUGGUGGCUGGGUGGUGAUCGGGUGCUGGGAGAGCUCAUUGGUCGAUAGCAAGGAUUUCUUUACGCCCGUGAUCACACCGUUCGAAUUGGAGCUGGCUCUAAAGGAUGACGACGAACGGAUCUGGACGGGAUCCUGGCAAAGCAACUUCCAGGCCAUCCUCGACAAGCCAAAUGGGGAGUCGGACGAGGCGGACCAGACAUCAAACGGUGCAACCAUGGACGAGGACGAUGACAUGUCGGAACCCGAGUCUGCACCGCCAGAGUUCGACCUGCGUACUGGGCGCUACGUUUCUCAUUCGCGACCGAUGCGGGAUCCCGCACCCCGCGCUUCGAUCGAUGGGUCGUCUGGGCCUUCCGCUGCUAGAGCGUUAGCCCGUCGGGCUAAGGGCGAUCUAGCGAUGAUCGGCGGAGCUGUAUCCCCAGGAGCCGAAUUUUUACGGUCGCAAAGAACUUGGAAGGGGUUGGGCAGUGACUUUGACAUUCGUUAUGAUGAGGAGGAGUCGGACAGUACACUUGUCAAGGAAGGGCGCAAGGGUAUUGCCAGGGGGUAUACUGUUGGCGAAUCAGACGAGAGACAUUAG